UGUAAUUUGUUUGGUUUCAUAUCAUUCCACCUUCACUUUUCUUAUCUUCUUCUUCUUCUUCUUCUUCUUAUAAAUAGCAAGCAACAAAGAGAAACCAACCGGUAAAAUCUCUCUCUUUUCAAAUCAAUAAUCCAGCAUCAAUUUCAUUUCGAAGUUCAGAGAAUCUUAUAAUGAAUACGUCAAAUUCUGAAUGCAGCAGUGGAUGUGAAUCCGGAUGGACUAUGUACUGGGAUCAGCUUUCCAAUUCGACGAAUUAUUACAACAGGGCUUUUGAUAACUAUAAAUAUCAAGAAAAAGGAGGAGCAUAUGUUUAUGAUGAUCAAGAAGAUGAAAACCUUUCUAUGAUUUCUGAUGCCUCUUCAGGGCCUCCACAACCACAAAUCCAAGACUACUUUGAAAACCACGCGUCCAAUGAACAGAAAAAGAAUAGCAACCAGAAGAAGAUAAUGAAACAGAAGAAAGCCAAGUCACAAAGUUUGUAUCUUGAUGAUACUGCUAGCUCUCCUAUUUUUCAUUUCUCCAAGGACAAUGUAGCUUAUUCUGGUAUUCAUACUUCAAUAGAACACGGUCCUGGUUUCUCCCAAGGCCUUGCUACAGCAGAUUUUGAGGAUGACUCAAAAAUGAAGAAGCAUUUAGAUUUCUUCAAAUCAUCAGCUGAAGGUAAAAAAGCGUCUGGAAAAUCCGGAAGUUUCCGAGGAAAAAAGAGGCAGUGACAAGUAGAAAGAGUAGAUUUUCUGGCUCUGACUCAGCGACAUUUUGAAUAGAGGAAAAGAAUGGGGAAGUGGAAGAAUUGGUUGCAGAAAUCUGAAUAUGUUGAUUGUAUCUCUUUUAUUUGUUUAUUCGAUCUUUCCACCAGUUAUUUGUUCCUGUCCAUGCAGUAGGGAACAACCUAAGAAAACAAAUGUUAGGAAAAAAAAAAAAAAAUCACUUCAAAUUUCUUUGGUUGUUAAUUUUUGUUUUACAAACAAGAUCUGCAUAAAUAAGAAUUGGCCGCAAGUAAUUGUUUGCUGUUUA